GAUGUUUGAUGUACACAGGAAAGGAACAAUAGAUGGAACCCUCUACUAUGCAGCCAACGGUGAUGUUAGCCUCUAAUGACCAGAAUGAUGAAGUUGAGAAAAAGGAACCCUCUACUGAUCUGCAAGAAGUGUUGCUAGCCUCUAAUGUGCAGAGUCAUAAAGUUGAACAGGACAAGAGUGACAACAAGAGUGUGCUGCCAGAUGAAGGAAGAUUGCUAAAUGGCUGUACUUUGGAAACAUUUUCAACAGGAAUAGAACAAGAGAUGGGACCUUUUACAGUGCAGCAGGAAGCAUUGUUAACCUCUGAUGAAAAGAAUGAUAACAUUGAGCAAGCCAGAAGUGAGGCUAACACUUUGCUGCCAGAUCAAGGAAGCCUUCAAAAUGAUUGUAUUCCAGAAAACGGGAGAGGAAUUAAACCAGAAAUUGAACCCUCUACAACACAGCAUGAAGUGUUCUUGGCCUGUGAUAACCAGAAUGAUAAAGUUGAGAAGUUUGGGAAUGAGAUUGAUACAUUAAUGACAGAUGGAGGCCUCCAGGAUGGUUGCGUUCCAGAAAUCAAGACAGGAAUGGAGCACCAGGUAGAGUUCUUCGCAGCACAACAGGAAGUAUUAUUGCAGACUGAUGACCAGAAUGAUAAAGAUGAACUGGUUGGUAUUGCUGAAAAUAUUGUGAUAACAGACGAAGGAAGCUGGUCAAAUAAUCACACUCUUGAAAGCAGGACAGAAGGAAAGGAUAACCAAGCCCCACCCAGUAGUGAUCGCCUUAGAACUAUAUGGACACCGGCAAUGAACCGCUAUUUUAUUGACAUCAUGCUAGAACAAGUGCGUAAGGGUUAUAAGAUUCGCAAUACAUUUCACAGAAAAGCAUGGGAAGAUAUGGUUGCUUCAUUCAAUAAAAAAUUUGUUGGGUUACAAGUGGAUAAGGAGAUUCUACGAAAUCGAUCGAAAAAGUUGAGGCUACAACAUAAUGCUCUGAAAACUCUUCUCGACCAGAAUGGCUUCCACUGGGAUGAGACACGGAAAAUGGUCACUGCAGAUGAUCGUGUCUGGAAUGAGUAUCUCAAGGUACACCCUGAAGUGCUACCAUACAGGAGAAAAUCAUUCCCGAACUACAGUGAUUUGUGUGCAAUCUUUGGAAGCGAAACUACUGAUGGAAGAUACGAGGGUUCAGGGCAGGAUGUAAAGAAUACUUACAACACCCCUGUUAUGAAGACAGGUGUGGCAACCAAAAGUCUACAUUUGGUGCCUGUCUCAUCUGGCCAUAAAGAUCAAUGCGUGGUGAGUUGCAUUAUUGUUAGGUCGUCUCAAUUUGUUGAUGGAAUGGAUACUCAAUUCCCCACUAGUAGUGAACGUUCGCGGACCAAUUGGACACCAACAAUGGAUCGUUAUUUUAUUGACAUAAUGAUAGAGCAAGUGCAUAAAGGCUACAAGAAUGGUAAUAUAUUUCGCAAAAAAGCAUGGGAAGACAUGGUUGCAUUAUUCAAUACAAAAUUUGGAUUCCAGUUGGACAAGGAGGUAUUGAGGAAUCGCCACAAAAAGUUGAGGCUGCAAUACAAUGCUAUCAAAACCCUUCUUGACCAUGAUGGGUUCCGAUGGGACGAAACGAGACAAAUGGUGACAGCUGAAGAUAAAGUUUGGGAUGAUUAUCUGAAGAUUCAUCCUGAAGCACGAUCAUACAGAACAAAGACUCUCCUAAACUAUAAAGACCUCUGCAUCAUCUAUGGAAAUGAAACUGCUAAUGGAACAGUCAACCGCUUAACGCAUGAUGUGAACCUUGACAGCAGUCCGGCAGUGAAGAUUGCUGGGGCACCGGGAGGGUCACAAUCUCCAGCUGUGUCUGCUGCCCAUGGAGAUCCAGGUGUGGUAAGGUCUUCUCAGUUUGAAGGAAUAGAUGACCAAGAUCCUCCUUCUAAUGAUCGUUCAAAGACUAAUUGGACACCACCAAUGGACCGUUAUUUCAUUGAAUUAAUGAUGAAUCAAGUUAAUAGAGGGUAUAAGGUAGGAAAUGCAUUUAGGAAAGAAGCAUGGGCACAAAUGCUUGCAUUGUUCAAUGUAAAAUUUGGGUUGGAAUUGGACAAGGAGGCUCUAAGGAACCGGUACCGGAAAUUGAGGAUGCAAUACAAUGCUUUGAAAACUCUUUUGGAUCAUGGUGGCUUUCGCUGGGAUGAAACACGACAAAUGGUGACAGCUGAUGAUAAUGUUUGGGAUGAUUAUCUAAAGGCACACCCUGAAGCACGAUCAUAUAGAACUAAAACAGUACCAAACUAUAAUGAUUUGUGCGUGAUAUAUGGACAUCCUAUUACUGAUGGAAGACAGAGCUGUUCUGGUCCUUCUGGACAUGAGGUAGAUCUCGAAUACAUGCCAGGAAUGGAGAUUGAAGUGUGGGAAGAACCAAUUUCUCCAAUUUCUGCGGGCCACGGAGAUCCACUUAUUGACACGCAGGAGUCGUCAUCACAAUCUGAUGAGGCUGUGGAUAUCUCAAAUCAGCAGAACAAACGCCCAUUUUCUCUGCCAUCAACCUUCGGACAUCCUAGAAAAAUGCAGAGGUGCAGUGAUCAGAGGAUGGCGGAUGCUCUUCGUGAAAUGGCAAUUGCUGUUACUUCACUGACAAAUAAGAAAGAGAAUGAUUCCCCCAAUACUCUAGAAAAUGUGGUUAAUGCUCUUAAGGCUAUUCCAGAUAUAGAUGAAGAUUUUUUUCUUGAUGCUUGUGAUCUUCUGGAAGAUGAACAAAAAGCAAAGAUGUUCCUUGCUUUGGAUGUGACAAUCAGGAAGAAGUGGUUGAUGAGGAAGCUUCGUCCAUAGUUGAUUGCUCUAGGUGUUUGAUAUUUUUAACUGUGGGUACCUAUAAUUUUUGCCGAUAGUGUAAUUCUCUGAUUUUCUAAUUACAUGCACUGCUUAAUGUUGAACCAUUUGGCCAGGAAACAUUUAUUGAUGAUCUAUUAUGAUCCAUUGAGCCUGUUAUGAUAACAGGGAGAAUCUGGAUUU